AGUGUUUAUGUUCAACAUGGAGGUGCUGUCAACAUGACGUUAACAUUGCCACAGCCUGGAGUCCGGGAAAUGACUGUGAUACUUGAUCGUACUCUACCCCUGAUCCAUGUCACUAACUACAGCACCGUGAGUGUCACUGACACAUACAAGUCGAGAACAAAAUUCACUGGACUGAUAGACUCACAAGGCCAGGGGCGUCUCAGUUUUCUACUGUCUGGUGUAUAUUGGUCUGACGGUGGGGACUACAGAUGCUAUACAGGUUCGCCAGAAUUGAGAGGACGCUUUAUUGAAGGCUGUGUGAAGACUGUUGUUGUCAUAGGUGUUGAGGACCUAAACAUCACUGCCCCAGACAAAACCAAGACGAGCAGCAGCCUAACAUGCCGUGGUACCAUCAGGAGAUACCCCGGCUACCCCCCUGUGAACGUGUCCUUCAUCUGGAGGAAGAAUGGCGUCCAGUUACAUACUCCUGAAAGCUGUAACGUUAUAGCCUAUAGUGUGAGACGGUACAUUCGACUCUACACCAGUACAUUGCCCAUCGGUGAUGUUGGAAAUGAUGGUGAUGAAUACAUGUGCCGGAUACAAUUGGGGAAGAGCUUCCUGUCUAACUGGAGUCAGGAGUAUGUUCUGGAAAGAGAGGCCAGUAUCACCACCAUUCCGUGUGCAGACGAAUCAACGACCGAGAAGGAUCAUACGCCAACAACCGGUGCACCAUCAAUGACCACCGCAGCGACCGAUAGAAAAGGGUGGAUAUUGCAUCUAGGAUAUGCUACAUUUCUAGGUGCUCUUUUUCUGGUAGUCAUCUUCACUAUUUACAACAGGACAGCGUUAUGUGAUCUGUGCAGGACGUCAGAAUGUGAACACGUUCAUUACACAAAGGACAGCUUACCAAGCAAUAAUUCUGAAAUUGGUAGAGUUACAUCCGUUGUGCCACUGCGUGUAUGCACUGCUACAGCAGGACCUAAUGCAUCUGCAGGUGUAGAGAUCCAUGUUAUAAGUUCGCCGACAGAGCCUACUGACGCAGUGAACACAAAAUACCAAUGUGGAGAUACUUACCAGUCACGUGAAAACUAUGAAACAAUAUAUGGAGAUAUAACUGUUGUAGCACAGCACAUCUCGAACGCAAAAUGAUGAAUAACACCACUUCAAAUAUCAAAAGGAGGGUAAAAGGAUAUAAAUAGAAACUUUGCUGUAACUAGGUUCCUGAACUAAGACAAAAUUGUUAUGGAUGAGCAACUUCUUUAUUACAAUUGAGCGACGUUUCGGUGUAGAUUCUAACACCGUUAUCAAGCAAAUGAUCAUCAGUUACCAUUCCAACUUCUAAAUGCCACUCAAAGAAGUUAGGUUCCUGAACAAUUCCAGAGUCAAACGCUGAUAUAUUAACGAUGUAUUUUCUAAAGGAUGGAUUUUUUUUUUAAGUGUGUAGGGUCAAACGCCACUUUCGCAAUAUCAGAGCAAUGCAACGGUGGGGAACACCAGGUAUAGACUUCACAAUAUGUUGUUGAUCGAACCUGGGUACGCAGCGAGGAAAAAACUAUGAAACCUCCUACCUAACGGAUCUAGGAAAAUAAGAAGUGGGGCAGGAUACGCUCAAACGUUUCGUGAAGAUCUGGUAUCAUCACUAUUUGAUUGGACGGUGAGUCAUGGACAAGUGCUCACGGAAUCGUACAAUCGACCUCCUUGUGUGUUACACCUUUUACAUAACACUCUUUAGGAAAUACUUCAUUCCUUGAUCAUUGGGCACAUGUUACUAAACGUGGUGACCGUAGAUAUGGUUAUCCAUCCAUCUUCAGAGGUUCAGGACAAUUUGCCAAAAAUGAAAGCAAAUACCAUCUGAAGUUUACUGAGAAAACACUAUGAGAAAUGAUAAUAUCUAUGUAACAUUUGGGGGUAUGACAUUUAGGUAUAGGCAUCCCAUGGACACCGAUUGUCCUCCCUUCUUGCUGAUCCGUUUCUUCAUGCACGUGAAACGA